GAGCCUCAGCAUGGGGUCUUCUGCUACAGAAAUUGAAGAAUUGGAAAACACCACUUUUAAAUAUCUCAUAGGAGAACAGACUGAGAAAAUGUGGCAACGCCUGAAAGGAAUAUUAAGAUGCUUAGUGAAGCAGCUGGAAAAAGGUGAUGUCAACGUCGUGGACUUGAAGAAGAACAUUGAAUAUGCGGCCUCUGUGUUGGAAGCAGUUUAUAUCGAUGAAACCAGACGGCUGCUAGACACCGAAGAUGAGCUCAGCGACAUUCAGACAGACUCAGUCCCCUCAGAAGUCCGGGACUGGUUGGCUUCUACCUUUACACGGAAAAUGGGGAUGGUGAAAAAGAAACCUGAGGAAAAACCAAAAUUUCGAAGCAUUGUACAUGCUGUUCAAGCCGGAAUUUUUGUGGAAAGGAUGUACAGAAAAACCUAUCAUAUGGUUGGUUUGGCAUAUCCAGCAGCUGUCAUAGUAACAUUAAAGGAUGUUGAUAAAUGGUCUUUUGAUGUAUUUGCCCUAAAUGAAGCAAGCGGAGAGCAUAGUUUGAAGUUUAUGAUUUAUGAACUGUUUACCAGAUAUGAUCUGAUCAACCGUUUCAAGAUUCCUGUUUCUUGCCUAAUUGCCUUUGCAGAAGCUUUAGAAGUUGGUUACAGCAAGUACAAAAAUCCGUAUCACAAUUUGGUUCAUGCAGCUGAUGUCACUCAAACUGUGCAUUAUAUAAUGCUUCAUACAGGUAUUAUGCACUGGCUCAAUGAACUGGAAAUUUUAGCAAUGGUCUUUGCCGCGGCCAUUCAUGAUUACGAACAUACAGGGACCACAAACAACUUUCAUAUUCAGACUAGGUCGGAUGUUGCCAUUUUGUAUAAUGAUCGCUCCGUCCUUGAGAAUCACCAUGUGAGUGCAGCUUACCGACUCAUGCAAGAAGAAGAGAUGAAUAUUUUAAUAAAUUUAUCCAAAGAUGAUUGGAGGGAUCUUCGGAAUCUCGUGAUUGAAAUGGUUUUAUCUACAGACAUGUCAGGCCACUUCCAGCAAAUUAAAAAUAUAAGAAGCAGCUUGCAGCAGCCGGAAGGGAUUGAUAGAGCCAAAACUAUGUCCCUGAUUCUUCACGCAGCUGAUAUAAGCCACCCAGCCAAAUCCUGGAAGCUGCACUACCGGUGGACCACAGCCCUAAUGGAGGAGUUCUUCCUACAGGGAGAUAAAGAAGCGGAAUUAGGGCUUCCAUUUUCCCCACUCUGUGAUCGGAAGUCAACCAUGGUGGCCCAGUCACAAAUAGGUUUCAUCGAUUUCAUAGUAGAGCCAACAUUUUCUCUUCUGACGGACUCAACAGAGAAAAUUGUUAUUCCUCUUAUAGAGGAAGCCUCUAAAGCCGAGACUUCUAACUAUGGGGCAAGCAGUUCAACCACCAUUGCGGGCUUACACGCUGCUGAUGCACUGAGACGAUCAAAUACAAAAGGCUUUGUGAGCGAUGGAAGUUACUCCCCCGACUACUCCCUCUCAGCUGUGGACCUGAAGAGCUUCAAAAACAACCUGGUGGACAUCAUCCAGCAGAACAAAGAGCGGUGGAAAGAGUUAGCUGCACAAGAAGCAAAAGCCAGUUCACAGAAGCCUGAGUUUUUCUUUGAGUAAACACCUUUAAGUAAAGCCUCAUGCUUGGUAGCAGCUCUAAUUUGACAAAAAGACUUGGAGAUUUCAAUAUUCUUGUGGAAAUAUAUCGUCACGAACCAUAUAAAUAGCAGCUACAAAUUCCUUGAUUGACCUGACUAAACUGCUAUGGAAUAGAUUCAUCUGGUGACUACAUCAACAUCACUAUGCCUUUAAAUAUCUGUUUAAAUAAUAUUUUGUGGCAUUUCUCUUUACUGAGAUAAUAUAAUGAGUGCCAAUAAAUUUUUUGAGCAGCCAGUCACUAAUUUUGUCAUUUUUCCCAAUAAAGUCUAUCCACUUAUUUUUCUCUUUGGAUGUCCCUUUUCUAAACUAUAAAAAGGUUGUGUGUGUUUUGUAACCUUAUCUUUCAUUUGAAUUCCAUUCAUCCUCCUGAAUAAAUGCUUUAGUAGGUUUGCUAACAUUAAAAAUAAUUCAUAAAACUUUUCACAAAUAGAUAUUUUUAUGUAUAUAUUUUAUUUCCAGCAUUACGUGUACACACACACACACACACACAUAUGUAUAUAUAUAAAAUCAGAAAUAAAUGACAGAGUUAAAAUGAUUUAAUAUACUUGUCUUUGUUGGAUUUGAAAAUGGCUUUUUCACUGCGUGAUUCAGUUUAAGCAAAGUCAUUUUCUUCCUGGAGGAAUCCUGGGUUUUUUUGUUUGUUUGUUUGUUUGUAUAGGAGCUGCCCUUAUAUAUCCUCUUUUACUAUGAUCUAACAGCUGACUUAAUGGUUAGUUGUACUAGACUAUCAGGAUAUCCUAAAAUUAAUUAGUUCAGAAUGAGUGAUGUAUAAAAUUUAAAAAUAUACUUUCACAAAGAAGAAUGUUUAUGCCUACAGUCAUGUUUCAAUGGGGAAAAUGGGCUAUAAUAUACUAUCAGAUUUAAUUUCUAAUAUAAGGAAUGUCCUUAUACUAAGUAAAGACAAUAACAAGCAGAUGUUAAAUCAUACAUGACAUAGACUUGGGAUUUAGGGCUCUAAAAGCUGACUUUUAUAUUCAAUUCUGCUACUCAUUAAUUAUUUAAUACUGAAAAUUGAAUCUCGUCGUGUUUCAGUUUGAUCAUUUGUCUGUCCAAAGAGAUGUUAUGAGAACAAAAUGAGUCAAUGUUCAAAACUUGGUGUUUUCUAUAAUAAUUCCAAUUAUUAGCAGGGCUCAUAUAUAUGCUUCCUUAUUUAUGGAGCCCUUAUAGAAGGCUUCCUUAAAUUUAUAAUGGGAAAAAUUACUCAAAAACAGUUUUGUUAUGAGAGUAUGCUUAACUCACGAUAAGAGAUCCAUUAGGACACUUCCAUCAAUCAAGUGGAUUGCUGUAUGGUGAACUGUUUGUGAUUAAAAAUGCAAUUAUCACCUUACCAUUCCUAAUUCAUCCAUUGAAAAAGCCUGUAUCUCCCAAGUAUCUCAGAUCCAUUCAGUUUCCUUCCUGAGUGAAUGAGAGAAUGAAACUGGCUUAUUUUAAAUGAUUUAAAGAGCUAUUUAUUUUGUCAAACUGUAAGUGAACAAACUUUAUCUAAAUAUUUUUAUUGAAGUUCCUAUCAAUUGAGAAAAAUAUUCUUUAACAGAGUGUUUUGUAGACCCAGAUGCUCUCAAAAAGAAUAUACUUUGGUUAAUUUAGGAAAUCUGGUCUAUGGCAAUUCAAUUCAUUCAUGAAAGAGUUUUUACCUUCUUACUUUCUAUCCUUUAACAUAUGCCUAAAUUUACAGUUUAAAUACAACCAAGAUUCUUUAGUUCCCCCAAAUUGACUUUUUGUAGGAUUAUUUUCAUACUUUGGCUAAUAGAAUUUUCCCUUGGUAACUAUAGAAAUACAGGAAAUUCCCAGAAAUAAUGUAUAAAAUAUUAUAGUUCAGGUUUAUGUUUGUCUCAUAUAUAUUUAAUUUUCAUAUUUGAUUCCUUCUCCAUAGAAGAAAUGCUCUAGCAUGAGGGGAAAAGGAAAAUCUUCUAUCUCUCUCUCUCUCUCUCUCUCUCUCCCUACCUGCCCUCUUCUUACUCUCUCCCUUUCUCUCUGCCUUCCAAAUAAAAUGAAAGAUAUCUUCAAGUGGGAUUCAGUAUGAAAAUCUUCAAGAGGCAAUGGUGAAAACCUUCAGGAAUCUGAUGCUCAAAUUUGAGAACAAUGUCAUCUUCAGAACACAACCCAGAUCCAUUCUUUAGCAGACAGCUGGUAGUGAGUGAUGCUAGGAGACUUCCACUAGUUUUGGUUCAUAUCAGUAAAACUUGCUGCAAGCAAUGGGAGAAAUUCAGUCCAAAGAUACACUCAGGAAUAUUAACUCAUCACUCUAAAUCUGUGAUUCAUUUAGAAGAGACCUGUGUUCCUGUAUCACUCUUCCAUCUUAGGUUAGGCUGCUGUAAAAUGUAAUGACCAAGUCUGAUAACUAAGGAAAAUCCAGUAACACCAGUAAUAAAUAGAAAUAUCACCAAAUAGAGCCGGCGCCGUGGCUCAAUAGGCUAAUCCUCCACCUUGCGGCGCCGGCACACCGGGUUCUAGUCCCGGUUGGGGCGCCGGAUUCUGUCCCGGUUGCCCCUCUUCCAGGCCAGCUCUCUGCUAUGGCCAGGGAGUGCAGUGGAGGAUGGCCCAGGUGCUUGGGCCCUGCACCCCAUGGGAGACCAGGAAAAGCACCUGGCUCCUGGCUCCUGCCAGGAUCAGCGCGGUGCGCCGGCUGCAGCGGCGGCCAUUGGAGGGUGAACCAACGGCAAAGGAAGACCUUUCUCUCUCUGUCUCUCUCUCUCACUGUCCACUCUGCCUGUCAAAAAAAAAAAAAAAAAAAAAAAAAGAAAUAUCACCAAAUAAAGUCAGUGAAACAAAAACAAGAUGCUCAUUUUGUUAGUUUGCUGAAGAGAUAAUAGAGCCCCCACAGUUCUGUUUAGAUGUUAACCUCCACUAUGAGAAUAAUCCUGUUAUGUGAGUUUGUAAAUAGUAGAAAUCCCACUGCUCUUCACAAUAUUAGCUGAAAAUUGAAAAAUCAAUAAAGUACUUUGUAACUAAUUGUAUUGCUUUCAUUUUUUAGAAGUUACAUUAAUUAGAAGCUUACAUUAAUAGGAGCAAUUUGUAUAUUUGUGUGUGUGUGUGUAGGAAAGAAAGAAAUAACUUAGAAGGAAUUUUGUAAGAACACAAGAGUCUGGGGCAGACUGUUGGUGCAGUGGUUGUUGCCACUUGGGAUGCUAAUAUCCCAUAUGAGAGUGCCUUGUUUGAGUCUUGGUUCUUCUGCUUCUGAUAUAGCAUCCUGCUAAUGCAUGCCCUGAAGGCAGCAGAUGAUGUUUCAAGUGUUCCUGACAUCUGUCUGGGAAACCAGGAUUGGGUUCUGGACUCCUGGCUUUGGCCUGGCCCCACCUCAGCUUUUAAGGGCUUUGGGGGAAAAAACAAUAGGCUGCAAAAAUCUCUCUCCAGCUUACUCUCUUUCUCUCUCCUCUCUCCCUCCAUUUUUUCUCCCUUCCUCUCUUCCUUUCUGCUUUUCAAAUAAAAUCAAAAUAGUUUUUUUUAAUAAGAAGUUAAGACAGAUAGCUGAAUAUGUAGAAUCAAUUUCCAUCUUUACUGAUUCUUGGGCUUAAUCAACAAAGAUACCAAAUUUUUAAAUCAUCUAUGAUUUGAUGACCUAAAACUAAAAGAUAGUAUCAGUUUAUUAUAAGAUUAAAAACAUUGAGGAGAGUAUUUGAUAGCCCCAAUCAAUUCAGUGUACGCAUUUUCUAGCAACACUUACAGAAUUGCAUGAGGGUAUCUAAAACCUCCAAGGAUUUUGAAUUACACAUGCUGCCAGCAUUUGCUGAAUCUUUCUGCUGUAAGAGUUACCCACUUGGUGAAAAGUAUGUACUCAGCUUGGUGAAGAUUUGACGUGGCGUUUGUCACCAUGUGAAAACAGAGGAAAAUCAAAAAAGACAUGCUUUCCUGACCCUCUUCUCUCAUCUUUCCUAGAUGAAAACAAAUACUAUAGUGUUUUCCCUUCUGAAUAAUUUGUUGAACAUAAACCUUAAAAAUGGAUCUACAGAAACUUUUGAUGUUUGGAGUCUCUGGGUUAGAAGCAAUCCAUUACUCUUGCUGUGUUUGAACAAGCAAGGAAAACAGUGUGUGCAACGUGACACUGCUAAGAUCUGUUAGAGGUAGUUGGCAAUGGGGUCACAGGAUGGAGGUCAGAAUUCAGCAGGACAAAAAUAAUGGAAAGAUUUGCACUCAUUUACGCAUUGGAUUUUAAAGGAUAGAUGUUUAAUUGCAGUCAUAUGUUUUUACCGAUUUUAAAUGAAAUAACUUGCCAGUACUCUUGGAGUCUCAAAUUUCUAUCAUGCUCCAUGGAACUGGCAGCUCUUUAUUUUGGAAUCGUCAAGAGUAUAGGACUUGUGUGGGCUUUGAUAUUCAAGCCCUCCUUAGCUUAUCUUUUCCUGCAGGCUUCACUGCACAGAGUAAUGACGAAGAGAAUCUUUUCUCUUAAAAAGUGCUGCUCACAAUUCUUACAAUUGGGUAACUCAGUCACCUCUGGAUUUCAAAUCCUAGCAGCUUAUUAGAGCAGGAAGAAGAAAAAUGUCAUGUUGCCUGCGUGUUUCCCAAUAGAAACUUCAUAACUGUACGUUUCCAGACCACAGGAAUGCUAUUCCUCUCACAGAUCAGUAGAAAGUUUCUCCUCUGGUUCAGAAAGUCAGCAAUGAAUGACCAAACUCUUCACUCAUGGGUGAAGUACUUGGCCGUGAGGUUGAAGGUCCAGCUGUCUCUGAUGUGGUAGGUGGCUUUGAGCAAAAAAAAAAAAAAAAAAAAAAAAAAAAAAAAAAAAAAAAUUG